AUGAUCUCCUAUGUCCUGGACUCCUGGCAAGCAUAUGUGAACAAUAUGCUUUCGAGCGGAAAGAUCACGCAUAGCGCAAUAUUUGGGCUCGACGGAAGCGGGACGUGGGCCAGCAGUUGGGGAUACGACAUUUAUUCACGAGAGCAGACUGCCAUCAUCGCGGCAUUUAAUGACCCUGCCGCUGCGCGUGCGCACGGACUAGCGUUGUGCGGAAACAGGUUCAUGGUGUACUCUGUGGACGGGGGGAUGAUUUAUGGGAGGGGUGCGAUAUCAUAUAUCAUCAGGCACCAUUGGCUUUGA